AUGUCUAUUUUUUUUUCCUUUUUUCACAGUCUAGUAAAGGACAUGGAUAAUGUCUUUCCUGAGAAAAAUGAUGUAAAAAGCUGCCCCCGGGAUUCUGGAUAUGAUAGCCUAUCCAACAAGCUAAGCAUACUGGACAAACUCCUCCAUACUCACCCUGUGUGGCUGCAGCUUGGUCUGAAUAAUGCUGAAGCCGUGGGAAUUCUUCAGGCCCAACCUCCUGGGAUAUUUCUGGUUAGGAAAUCUGCGAGGCUGCAGAAGAAAGUCAUAUCUCUGCGUCUGCCCAAUGACUCUGGGUCCUGCCUAAAAGAAUUUGCAAUAAAAGAAAGCACAUACACGUUUUCCUUGGAGGGGUCUGGAAUAAGUUUUGCUGAUUUAUUCAGGCUCAUUGCUUUCUACUGUAUUAGCAGAGAUGUCCUUCCAUUCACCCUGAAGUUGCCUCAUGCUAUUGCUGCAGCAAAGACAGAAGCUGAACUUGAAGAGAUUGCUCAGCUUGGACUGAACUUUUGGAGCUCUCCGUCUAACAGCAAUCCCCUGGAUCCUUCACCUCCCCGUAGGCCUGUGCCUUUGGACAGUGCUUGUAAAGACUCGCGUCAGCUCUGCCUUAUAAAUGGAGUGCAUUCUAUACGAACCAGAACGCCUUCGGAGCUGGAGUGCAGCCAGACCAACGGAGCGCUGUGUUUCAUUAAUCCUCUCUUCUUAAAAGUGCAUAGCCAGGAUGUCAGUGGAAGUCUGAAAAGGCAGAGCCCGAGAACUCAAGACUUGAAUGGCACAGCGAGGCCUCGCUCCCCUCCUCCCCGGCCGCCACCUCCUUCUAUUAAUAGCAUCCUCACGAGUCCACAGCUUUCCAGGACUAUAAAGCAGGCGAGCAUGCCAGAAACAGUCAACCAUAAGAAAGAGAGAAGCUUGGAUUUGCUGCAGAAUAAACCAACCCCUAUUCCGCCUCCUCGGCUGAAGAAGCAGGCUGUGUGUUCAGAGGUGGAAGGUAGCGCAAAGACCACACCAAUUCGACCUGACUGCAGCUCGGUGUGUGUGCCCGAAGCUGCUGGCAUUCCAGGUGAAACCCCGCCUGAGCCAGCUCCAGCAGCUGCCAAAAAGACGGUAGCUACCAGCUCUGAGUCACACAGACCGUGGAAUGGAGGCAGGCAGAGACUGAGCGACAUGAGCAUUUCCACCUCCUCGUCUGACUCGCUGGACUUCGAUCGGAGCAUGCCGCUGUUUGGCUAUGAGGGGGACACUAACAGCAGCCUGGAGGAUUUUGAAGGGGAAAGUGACCAAGAAAGCAUGGCACCCCCUUUGAAGCCCAAGAAGAAAAGAAACAGUUCGUUUGUUCUCCCCAAGAUUGUGAAAUCUCAGCUACGGAAAGUCAGUGGAGUUUUCAGUUCCUUCAUGACCCCCGAAAAGAGAAUGAUUAAGAAAAUUGCGGAGAUGUCCCGGGACAAACGCACUUAUUUUGGAUGCCUGGUGCAGGACUAUGUCAGCUUUCUUCAGGAAAACAAGGAGUGCCAUGUUUCAAGCACCGAUAUGCUGCAAACCAUUCGUCAGUUCAUGACCCAAGUCAAGAACUAUUUGUCCCAAAGCUCUGAACUUGAUCCCCCAAUUGAAUCGCUGAUUCCCGAGGACCAAAUAGAUGUUGUUCUGGAGAAGGCCAUGCAUAAGUGCAUUCUGAAGCCGUUGAAGGGCCACAUUGAAGCAAUGUUGAAAGAGUUUCACACUGCAGAUGGUUCUUGGAAGCAGCUAAAGGAAAACCUGCAGCUGGUGCGGCAGAGGAAUCCUCAGGAACUGGGUGUGUUUGUUCCAACACCAGACUUUGUGGACGUUGAAAAGAUUAAAGUCAAGUUCAUGACCAUGCAGAAAAUGUAUUCACCUGAAAAGAAAGUCAUGCUGCUGCUGAGAGUUUGCAAAUUGAUUUACACUGUUAUGGAGAAUAACUCAGGGAGGCUGUAUGGAGCUGAUGACUUCUUGCCUGUGUUGACAUAUGUACUAGCACAGUGUGACAUGCUGGAGCUGGAUACUGAAAUUGAAUACAUGAUGGAAUUGCUGGAUCCGUCUUUGCUGCAUGGAGAAG